GGGGCGUGGCCAAGCGCGUGACCUUCCGGGCAGUUGGGUGUGAGGCGGGGCGUGUGACGUCAGUUCCGCUUCCGCCUGGGCGUUGGGGUGGCGGUGGUGCUGCGGGCCGCCUCUCCGGGCCUGCGCCGCGCUCCCCUCACAGCAAAAUGUCUGGAACUGAUGAUUUUUCGUUGGCAGAUGCUUUACCAGAUCAGUCGCCUGCUAAAACCCCCAAAGUGAACAGCACAAAACCCGGCCAGCAGCCUGGUCAGCCACCGCAGGGUUGGCCGGCUUCGAAUCCGUGGAACAACCCGAGCGCUCCUCCUACAGCCCCGACCGGGCUGCCGCCGAGUACGUCCGCGUCCAGUGUGCCGUUUGGACCUCCGCCAACCGGAAUGUAUCCUUCAAUGCCCCCCGGACCGCCUGCUCCAUUUCCUCCUCCUCCUACCGGACCCACUUGCCCUCCUCCCGGAGGCCCAUAUCCGCCCCCAGCUGUGCCAGGUCCUGUCCCACCAGGGCAAUAUCCUCCACCAAAUAUGCCCUUUCCAGAGCUUCCAAGACCUUACGGUGGUCCGACAGAGCCAGCUGCACCUCCUGCUCCUGUUGGGCCAUGGGGAUCCAUGCCCUCCGGAGCAUGGGGACCAACAAUGGGAGGGCAGUAUCCUGCGCCCAGCAUGCCAUAUCCACCCCCAGGGCCAUAUUCCGCUCCUACCCAGACUCCAGGGGCUGCGCCAACAGUACCGUGGGGGACAGUUCCACCUGGAACAUGGGGACCUUCACCGCCAGGUCCGUUUCCUCCACCUGCAGGAUCAUAUCCAGCUCCGGGACUAUAUCCUACGCCCCCUAAUCCUUUUCAAGUGCCGUCUGGUCCUGCUGGUGCUCCGUCAAUGCCUGGUGGUCCCCAUCCUUACCGUUGAAAACAUUCUGGGCAACAAAAUACUGUAGCUUUCCACCUUCAUCCACUACUUACAGAGAUUUUUACAGUUUUCGUUUCAGUAAUGUUUGGGGCUAUGAAGAAUACUCGCCUCUUGUAUGUGCAUUUGAGGUAUGAAGGAGCAGUUUGCAUCAAUUUACCUUGCUCAUAUGCUGGCAUAAUUGGUUGGUUUCAUGAAAUGAAUUAUGAAGAGCAGAAAUAAAACUUAACAUCUGUGGUUCUUACAUUGGCAAGUAUUCCCUGGAAAAGUGGGAAUUGCCAAGUAAGGAUUAUAAAGAAUCAGGCCGAAGGACUUCAAAAAAGUUCUUAAAUUUCCGUGAAUGCUUUAAGUCUUGUUGCCAGACUCGUGCUGGUCACCGAAUGGGUGGAUAGUCACGUUUGAUCUAAUUUCAGGUUAUUCUAAAAUGUCACUAAAAAGCGUUUCGAGGUUUUUGUCAAGAAAUCUAAUUUUUGACCACGCUACAGUCACUCAAACUAAAGAGACGCAGAGCAUGUGAACUUGAAGGUUUUCUCAGCAUUUUGUAUAUACUCAAAGCGAUUGCUCAGUCUGGGACUGCGGAAGAGAAGAGACACGUUUGAAACACUCGGUCCAACUCGUCAGCACACUGUUGUUCACAAACAGGCGUUUAUGUGCAAGUUAACUAAAUAACCUGGAUGUGCAGUUAACUUUGAAUCAACAAAUGUGAGUUUUAUGCAUGCCGAUGAGGACAUCGUUUUGCCCGUUCUCAUUCUGUGGUGGUUGGAAGUUUGGCUUGGUCUGUGUAAAGAGAACCCGAUUCCCACGUAGAUAAGGUACUUCCCUUUUUCUAACCCGGGUUCUAGUCAUUUAGAAUUGGACUUUGCAAAACUCAGCAGACUUUUUCAGAGUCCCUGGAAACUGAACCUGAGCUUAAAAGAUCAAAACAACCAACCCCAACCUGACAAUUCCCUUCCCAGCUUGGCGUUUAGUUCUAGCAGCUACAAAGAUCCGUCCAGUUGAGAACGAGGAGGUCUCGUUGGAGCUCCGCUGGGUAUUGUAAUUAUUGUAACGGGGAGAAUCCUCCGUUCUCAGCUGGGUGUCUCAUACCUCACCGAGCAAGUGUCAUUUGGGAGUCCCUGAAUGUCUAGAAGCCUGCGCACUGCCAUAAGUUAUCUUAUUCUUGCCAUAUCUGUGCAAAGAGCACACAAGGGGUUCGCUGCGACGCUGGUUUAGCGUUGCUGAGACACAGCCAUGUGUCGGCGACCGUUUCUGCCAUUUUUCAUGGUGCUUCGUAGCCCAGACUUUGACCACGGACAGUUUGUUUCGUCCCCAGCUGGGGGUAUCCUCACUUAGCCUCUGCAGGUAGAAUUAGGGACAAAUUUUUGCUUAACGCGCUAGCUCGUUAGGGAGUCUUUGUAUCAUGGAACUGUGAAAGCGAGUUCAUUCUUUUGCAGUACCUUAUCGUGGCUUCCUGCAUGCGUGUGAUGGACUUCUUAAAGAAAACAAAUGGGGUGACCUGGUGGUGACGUUUGUGAGUAGUCUUGGCCUUUAUGGCAAAGUCCUGCAAUUAUUUUUGCAGAAGAAAACGGUCAGCUUAGCGGUGGCUGUUUUAAUCUAAUGUUAUGAAAGCUAAUAGCAAAGGUACGUGUAUUUUUUUUGUUAGUUUGUUUUAGGAAGGCAAUACCCGAGCUGAACAAAGAUACCAUUUCAGCCUAAAGCAGAGCAUCUGUAACCCUAGAAAUAGGGACCAAAAGUCCAAGCUUUCAUUAACCUUAAUCCCCAGUUGCUCCCCCAAACAACAAAUUUAGCUUUGAUCUUGGCAAGACGGGCUAAAAUUAAACAGAUCAUUGACCGCAUUUGCUCAAGUGCUUCUUUUUUUUGAUACCUGCAGCCUUAGGUUAUACAGCGAUGUGAUGAAAACACAUUUAUUCCAAAUGAGUGGCUUAUGCAGUAGCAGCGCUCCAGUCUGACAUUGCACUGGCCGGAUGUCUUUGUGCGGAACGGGAAGAGGCAGCAAAGGGUAAAGCAAACGUAGCAAAUGAUGAUUUUUGGAAAGGGCAUUUGUGAAAGUAACUAGACUUCUAGGUUCUUCCUGAAAUAGGCAGGAUUUAUUACUGGAACACUUAGGCUAAAAUUCAGUAUAUAUGGGAUGUUUUUUCAAUGUAUAUUCGUAUUUCUUGAGGUCAUGAAAACUGUUUCAUAACCCCUUUGUUUUUGUGAGCAAAGUUCUUUGCAUAGCAGUGAAAAGGGUAUAUACCUGUUAAUCUAUUGUGUAAAAACUCAAGGUGUCACUAUAUACCGUGUAGUAACUUUAUCACGUUAUGUCAAGUGUGAGCAACUUCUGGCCUGAAGCUUUUGCAAUGGAAUUUGUACAUUUCUAUGCAUCAUUUGAGUUAAAUUGCUGAGAAGUUCAUUUUGACUUGUGCUUUGAGAUCGACAUACUGCAUUUGUUUACAAUAUGGAAUAUAAGCAAUCACAUCUUUAAAGUAUAGAUUAUCACCUGCUGCUGUAUUUUCUUUAGAUGAAACAAAUAUUGCUGUAUGAUAGUGAGAAGCUAUAAAUACAGGAUUUGAUAUUUUUUUGAAAAUGCUGUCACUUUUGUAUAAGAUUAGACAUUAAACGUAUUUUCAAGAC